UGCUGCUCAUGGUUGUGGAGAGCUGCGAUGUUGCCUUGGUGCCGUGGAGGGGGUCGGAGCCCACCGAAUAGGGGACUUUGGUGCUGGGACUUAGUUCCCACUCCUUCCCGGCAGCAAGAUGCAAAUGAACCUGGCUGGGGGCGAGUUGGAACUCUUCUGCUGGUACGAUGGACACCAUGUAAUUUCACUUCUCUUGAGCUGGAGCUCUAGGCGACAUGGCACUAUUUUGUGCGACGGAAGGAUACUGCAACUAUGGGACCCACCUUUAGGUGUGGUGGACUCAGCAAGAGGAAAAAUAUCUAUUGCCUGCCCUGAGGCAGUGAGAGAGGCACUGGCCCUUGGCUGAGGUGUUCUAUUAAUGGGUGGAGGGAUACCUAUGCUUGGGUGUAGUUAUCGUUCACCCCCCCCCCCCUCCAGUGGAGGCGAUUGUGGGGUGGGGUGGAACGGGACACGGGACUGGUGGACUAUUUUUUUUUUUUCAGCAGAGAGGUUUUUCUGGACACUUACUUUCUCCUCCCCAUUGGCGGAAGAAUCCGCAGCAGGGAGUUCAUUCUCCUUCACUUUCCAGUGGUGGAGUGAUUCGUGAUGACACUUGUACCUACGCUCUCCCUCGGUGGCGGAGGAAUCCUUGGGGGUGUGGCGCACAGUAGUUGAGCCAGAACCUGUUUCUGUGGGAGGGGUGGUGGUUAGAAUUGGGCGCCAUGGGCGAGGCCUAUGACGUGAUCGUGCUGGGCACCGGCCUGACGGAAUGCAUCCUCUCGGGGAUCCUGUCGGUGAAUGGGAAGAAGGUUCUGCACAUGGACCGGAACCCAUACUACGGGGGCGAGAGCAGCUCCAUCACCCCUCUUGAGGAGCUGUAUAAGCGAUUUGGGGUCCCUGAGGGACCCCCCGAGUCAAUGGGGCGUGGCUGGGACUGGAAUGUUGACCUUAUUCCCAAGUUUCUCAUGGCCAAUGGCCAGCUGGUAAAGAUGCUGCUGUACACAGAGGUGACACGAUAUAUCGAUUUCAAGGUGGUUGAUGGCAGUUUUGUUUACAAGGGUGGCAAGAUCUACAAGGUGCCAUCCACUGAGACUGAGGCCCUCGCCUCCAACCUCAUGGGCAUGUUUGAGAAGCGGUGCUUCCGGCACUUCCUGGUGUUUGUGGCUGGCUGUGAGGAGGAUGACCCCGCAACCCUGGAGGGACUUGCCGCAGGAGGGGGUCACAUGGGGGUCCUCUACGCCCACUUUGAGUUGGGCCCAGAUGUAGCUGACUUCACUGGCCACGCCCUAGCCCUCUACCAAACAGAGGACUACCUGGACGAGCCGUGUGAGGAGACCAUCCGGCGCAUCAAAUUGUAUAGUGAAUCAUUGGCAUGCUAUGGCAAGAGCCCCUAUCUGUACCCACUCUACGGGCUGGGCGAGCUGCCCCAGGGCUUCGCCAGGUUGAGUGCCAUCUAUGGGGGUACUUACAUGCUAAACAGGCCAGUGGAUGAGAUUCUGAUGGAGAAUGGGCGUGUGGUUGGGGUCCGCUCUGAAGGGGAGGUGGCACGGUGCUGGCAGGUGCCGUGCAACCCCAGCUAUGUCCCUGACCGUCUGCGCCGGGCCGGAUGCAUCAUCCUUGCCAUUUGCCUUCUUGCACACCCCGUGGCUGACACCGGAGACACUACUUCCUGCCAGAUUAUCCUGCCUCAGAAUCAGCUCGGACGCUGCUCGGACAUCUAUGUGUGUGUAGUGUCAUCGGCUCACAACGUGGCAGCACCAGGGAAGUUUAUCACCAUUGCCAGCACCACGGUGGAGACACCAGAGCCUGAGGAGAAGUUGGCCCUUGCCCUGGCCCUGCUACAGCCCAUUGAACAGAAGUUUGUAUCCAUCAGUGACCUCUACGAACCCACAGACGAUGGGACUGAGAGCCAGGUAUUCUGCUCAUGGUCCUAUGAUGCCACAACCCACUUUGAGACAACGUGUGCUGACAUCAAGGACCUCUUCCGGCGCGUGACGGGUUCUGCCUUUGACUUUGAGGCAAUAAAGUAGCGUCAAAAUGAUGUCUUCGGUGGCGAAGACGAGCACUGACCUGGAGCCCUACAUCAUUCCUGUCCUGUCCCCCCCCACACACACAGUUGAAACCUCCCUGGCCAGGCAGGGUGGCUUCAGCCCACCACACUCUCCUGAGACCAAUGUGUGGAGACUCCCACUUCCAUCCCUGGGCCCAAAAUGGGGGGAGCCCUGGCACCCCCUAAUCUGUUGGGGAUCCCCCCACAUCCCACCUUCUCAUCUGAGCUCUUCCCCUCCCCUGACCUGGAGCUACCCAUGAUUCCCUGCAUCCCUGAGUCCCUGGGAUGGAGGCACCCCUCAGUUACUUGGGGCCCAGGCUUUGUAUCAUCCUGCCUCCCCCACUUGGCAUUUAACUGGGAGUCCCAGUCUCUUCCCCCAUGGUGUCUAAUGUGCAGUGUCUCCUCUGCACCUCAGCAUUGGCUUUUUGAGUAAUGGAGGCUGUCAAUCAUUCCCAGGGCUCUUAGCAGAUACCUGAGCCCUCCAAGAGAGUGGGGGGUGUCUUGGAUACUGGGGCUCCCCCCAAUAGAUCCCACACUUGUCUCCUCUCUCCCUAUGUGACAAGGUUUGUGUGUGUGUGUGUGUGUGUGUGUGUGUGUGCAUGUGUGUGUCUGCAUGCUGGAAUUUGGGGGCUGGACCCUGGGGGGCCAGAUAUGCCUACCCCAAUCCCUUUUUUAAAAUUUUUUUUGCUGCUUGUAAUUUAAUGUAUUAAUCAAGAGGUCCAAGUGCUGCUGCUCUGCAGACUGGGGAUGGGAAGGGGGAUAAUUUGGGGUCCCUGACACCCCCAAGACUUUAUCAAUUGUAUCACAUAUCACAGGGGUGUUUUGGGGUUUGCAGCCCCCAGCCCUUCACCCCCCCCCCAUCACCUCUGUCCAGUCGUCAAUAAAAACA